GCAUGCGCGGAGCCGGCUGGUCGGGAAGUUGUUGGCUGGGAAAUGGCGGCCGCGGGCUUGGUCGCUAUGUCCGCAGCUGCAGACUGUGCGGGCCCAGGAGCGUCGGGAGGCAACCUGCCCGGUGUUCCCUGCGGCCCGAGCUCGGGGACCUGUCCCGGUCCCGGCCCGGGCUCGUGGAGCCGCUCCCUCGACCGGGCGCUGGAGGAGGCGGCGGUCACCGGGGUGCUGAGCCUGAGCGGCCGGAAGCUGAGGGAGUUUCCCCGGGGAGCGGCCAACCACGACCUGACGGACACCACCCGCGCGGAUCUGUCACGAAAUCGCCUCUCAGAAAUUCCCAUAGAAACAUGUCAUUUUGUUUCUCUUGAGAAUCUCAACUUAUACCAAAAUUGUAUUCGAUAUAUACCAGAGGCAAUUCUAAACCUACAAGCUCUAACAUUCUUAAAUAUUAGUCGGAACCAACUGUCAACACUGCCAGUACAUUUGUGUAAUUUACCAUUGAAAGUCUUAAUUGCUAGUAAUAACAAAUUGGUCUCACUUCCAGAAGAAAUUGGACAUCUCAGACAUUUAACAGAACUUGAUGUGAGCUGCAAUGAAAUUCAAACAAUACCUUCUCAAAUUGGUAAUUUGGAGGCCUUGAGAGACCUUAACCUCAGAAGAAAUCACUUAGUACGUUUGCCAGAAGAGCUGGCAGAGUUGCCUUUGAUACGGUUAGAUUUCUCCUGCAAUAAAAUUACAACAAUCCCUGUUUGUUAUCGGAACCUCAAGCACCUACAGAUGAUUGCCCUAGAUAACAAUCCAUUACAGUCUCCUCCUGCACAGAUAUGCAUAAAAGGCAAAAUUCACAUAUUUAAGUACCUGAACAUACAAGCUUGUAAGAUUGCUCCAGAUCUGCCAGAUUAUGAUAGGAGACCCUUGGGUUUUGGCUCCUGCCACGAAGAACUAUACUCAGGUCGCCCUUAUGGAGCCCUUGAUUCAGGUUUCAAUAGUGUUGACAGUGGUGAUAAGAGAUGGUCAGGGAACGAACCUACAGAUGAAUUUUCAGAUCUACCUCUUCGAGUAGCAGAAAUUACUAAAGAACAAAGACUACGGAGAGAAAAUCAGUACCAAGAGAAUCGAGGCAGUGUAGUAGUAGCAAAUGGAGUAGAACAUGAUCUGGAUCAAAUUGACUACAUUGACAGCUGUACUGCAGAGGAAGAAGAGGAUGAGGCGAGACAACGCAAAGGCCUGGAUGCAGACAGCCUCAGUUCACAGUUUAUGGCAUAUAUUGAACAACGGCGAAUCUCUCAUGAGAGUUCACCAAUAAAGCCAGUACCCACGAGGGAGUUUCAAAAAACAGAAGACAUAAGAAGAUAUUUAUAUCAAAACAGGGUUCCAGUUGGGCCACUUUCUUCACUGUCACCAAGUCAAAAUCAGCUAUCACAUACAGACUUAGAACGUCAUCAGAGAACAGAACACUUAGUAGAGUGCACUAGGAGAGAGGCACAGCUUGCUGCCCUACAGUAUGAGGAGGAGAAAAUAAGGACCAAGCAGAUUCAGAGAGAUGCUGUCCUGGACUUUGUCAAACAGAAAACCUCACACAGUCCACAAAAACAGCAACACUCCUUAGAUGGCGAGUGUCCUUUCCCAUCCAGAAGGUCUCAACACACUGAUGAUAGUGCCUUGUUAGUGUUGCUGUCAGGGUUGAAGCAAGCGGGCUGUGCUGGUACCCUGCCUCACUCUUCUGCCUUCAAGCCCCUCAAGAAUGGUGACAGAUCUAAUGCUAUAUCAAGUUCACCUACAACAGAAACAGUUCAUCAUUCUCCUGCAUAUUCUUUUCCUGCUGCUACCCAGAGAAACCAGCCCCAGCGUCCUGAAAGCUUCCUUUUCCGAGCAGGUGUCAGGGCAGAAACAAACAAAGGUCAUGGUUCAACCCUUCUUUCAUCUUCUGAACCUACCACGGAUUCUACAGAUCCCAUAACAAGACAGAAUUCAAGGCAGAGAGAAGAAGAACUGGAAUCAAUAGAUCAGCUACGGAAACACAUUGAGUACCGUCUGAAAGUAUCUCUGCCUUGUGAUCUCGGAGCAGCUCUAACCGAUGGUGUUGUUCUUUGCCAUUUGGCCAAUCACGUGUGGCCUCGAUCUGUCCCGAGUAUUCACGUUCCCUCACCAGCUGUACCUAAAUUGUCAAUAGCAAAAUGCAGACGAAAUGUGGAGAAUUUCCUAGAAGCUUGCAGAAAAAUUGGUGUGCCUCAGGAGCAAUUAUGUUUGCCUCUCCACAUUUUAGAAGAGAAAGGUCUGAGCCAGGUUGCAGUGACGGUGCAGGCUCUCCUGGCGCUGGCCCCGCCCAAGCAGCAGCAGCACCAGCUUUCUGCUGCGUGAGGACGCCCCGCACUCCGGGCACUGCCUGGCCAACACGCCCAGGACACACCAUCGCCGCCAGCCGCCUGCUUACCCAGAGCUCUCACAUGUUCCUAACAGGGACUGUUCCCAUGAUUCCUAACAGGAAUAUUUCGCUUCAUUUCUCCAUUUUAGGGGAGGUUAUAUCCAUUUCCAUUGAAUUGUUUUGGAAGACCUGGUUGGUUUUCACAAAUGAAACGUAAUCCUGUCAUUCCUGAGAGCCGAGCUUCCCUGGAGGAAGGGUUUUGCGCCUCCCAGAGCGCGCCUCAGAGGCUCGUCAGCGCUCUCAAAGGCACAGACAUGCGGUUAGCCUUCCCUGUCCCCGACCUCUAGAGCUCUGGUUCUAAACGUGGUUGUUCAAUGGAGGCUCCUGGAGCAUUUGUUAAAUACAGGUCCUCGUCAGUAGGGUCUAGGAAGGCCUGGGUACCUGCAUUUUCAACGAACAUUCCAGAUAUUUCAUGUAAUGGAGUCCACCGUUCCAAGCUAGAUAUUUGUGUGAUUGGGGGAGUAAUGACUUCACUGUGUUUUCAGCCACAUUUAAAACCAAAAGCUAUAUGGUGACUACUUGGACUUUCUGUCCAAGGCAAAACAGAAAUAUGUAGAAGGCCUAGAUUUUGCAUGGUAAACCAAUGGAACAAAGUUGUAUUUAAGGCCAGUGUCCUAGGCCCUACUGUUCGGAAUCCUCAGGCCGGUAACUCAGCAUUUGCUUUGCCUUCCCUGAGCCCCCUCCCCUCCCCUCUUCAGGCCAUGCUGCUCCCAGGAUACCUGGGCCUGCCAGCACCUUCCAGUCACCGCAAACACGUCCAGCUCCCCAGCUGAUGGAAGACCAUAAAACAAAGCAGAAGGAAUAAGGGGAAAGCCACGAGUCUUCUGUUUCUUCCAGGCAACUGUCAGUUCCAGUGGCUGAAUUAAACCACUUGCAGCAUCUUAAAGACGGCUCGCUGCCUUCUCAUCCAGCUCCACCGCCAGUGCCUGUUCCCCGACUGUGUGCAGAGGCGGGGCCCGAGGGCUCCCCCACACAGAGCCAGGCCUUUCCCUGAGCCUCGGGAGGUCAGCCCUCGGGUCUUUCUUCCUCUGCAUUUUGAACCCUUUUUAGUUGUCGGUGAUAAUGUUUUGGUCACUGUCCUUACAAACCAAGUAAAUAGCGUAAGUGAAGAUACUAAUUAUCUAGUUUUUUUUCUGUUGUUGACUGUUCUGGGUUUCCUUUACCAAUGCAUGCAUUUCAGCAUAAUGUUCUCACUCUUUUUAUCAAUGUAAACGCAGCAUCUAAACGUAACUUUGGAUAAAAUGAUGUUUAGUAUCUGAUAAGUCAAUGUUUUCUACUUGUUCUCAUAAGCCUUAAGGAAACGAGUUCAUCAGAACAUUACCACUUGUCCUAGUUUUAAAUUAUGUAUCACAGAACACCUGCACUCAAAGCCCAGCGUUCGAUCUGCACAGAACAAAAGUAAAAUGUUUUCCAAGUGCUUAGAGCCAGACCCAUUAUACUAACAGUCCCAGACACCCACCAGUCAUAUGACUUGUUUAGAAUUUAGUUGUGUGUAUUUUUAAACUAUAUUUUUCCUUCUGGUCAACAUUAAACCUCAGUACUACUUCCAGAUUAUAGCGAGCCAUUUGAAUGAAACUCAGCAAAGGACAGGACUCUUUGUCACAUAUUUUGCAAGGAAUAACCCCAGAAGUAAAUAGCGUAAGUGAAGAUACUAAUUAUCUAGUUUUUUUUGCAACAUUCGGAACAUUUGCAACUAAUUUUCCCAGAGGAAUAAAUAGUAAUUUCAAUGCAUUUCAAAUUUUACACAUAAGCAUGAAACCUGUUCAUGUAUUUUUAUCAAAUUUUACAUUUGAAUUGCUAGGAAAAAAAUGUGCAGUUUUGGUUGAUAAUGAAAGGAAGAUAUCAAAUACAUUGAAUUUCUUCAAGAUGAGGGAACCAUGACUUUUUUGUUGUUGUUCAAAAUUAUUUGUAUUCAGUGUUUCAGUAUUUUAUUUGUACCUUUGGGUUUGUUUUUGCUUUUUUUUUUUUUUUUUUUAAGUUUUAUUGAGGUAUUAUUUAUAUGCCACAAAAUUCUGUUGCUUUAUAGUGCAAUUUUUUAAGUUGUACCUUUUUUUUUUUUUUUUUUACUGAAAAAUACGAUUUAACACUUAGCCUUGCCAGAUACUAAUGAAGAUGACUUUGUAACAGUUCCACCUGACGGUUUACUUAUGAGCUUCCUAUGAAGCAGCAGCCUUCCCAGAGCUGGAGUGUGAAGGAAGGAAAGGCUGGGUGCCCACCCACCAGGCCCUGCCACCUGCAGAGGCUGUAAGUCAGCAGGUCUCUGGGCUUUCAGGCGCACACGCGCUCGGCACUCCAAACCAUUUUCUCCGAAACAACCCACAGGAGGAGGAGCCUUCAUGUUUGACUAGAACAGAGGAGGCGGCUUACUAAUAGGUCACUUUUCUUUAUAAAAACACAGUCUCACAGCCAGUCAAGGAAUCUGAUUUCUCUUACUUGCCAUAGCUCAGCAGUGACUAAUGUGUGCCUGUGCUGAUGAGUGUGAUGAAUUUUUAAAAACUAAGCACUUAAAUGGUUAUAGAAAUGAAGGAAAACAUGGAUAUUUUGAAGCUUUUUUAUAUACAUAUUGCAGUGAGAUGGUUUACAGCAGAUUUUAUUUCUGAAAAUGUUGUAAACAUGUAAUUAGUAAAAGAAUUUGUGAAAUGUUGUCCUAUAUUUGUAUGUGUGUAAAUAUGGUGCGUAAGUUCUAACUAUAAAUAUGUCAAUAUCAUGUAUGUUAUUUUAAAUUGCCUGUAUGCCACCUUACACUUCCACACUGAAAUAAAAACCAACACUUCAAUAGCAUGA